AUGAAGAAGUUUUUCCAAAAUAUAUUGAUCGCAAGUAGCGUAAAUGCAAUUUGUCCGAUCAAUCAGAUGCACGAGAAGAUGGUUUUUGGACGAACAGGAAGCGAUAGAUGCUCAAAGCGAUAUCUUGAUGUCUGCUCCGGUCAAAUCCCCACCGACGGAAUCUGCAGCCGCUCGGAACAGAAAGGAACGUGCUACUGCUCACAGUUAGGUGGAAGCUUAUUUUCUCCAAAGGACGCAGAAGACGAAUUAUUUCUCCGGGAGAAUUUGGGAUCAAGCGGUUGGAUAGGAGUGGAAUUCACAAAUGAAGCGUGGCGAUUUUCUGAUGAAAAAGAUGAAGUGCCGGAAGAAAAGGAUGAAAUGUGGGUGUAUGGAAGACCACCGACACUGAGAAAGAAAUUCAGAAGAAUUGGCGAGAAGUCAGAAAAUUUCAACAGAGUUCAAGACCGCACUUGCGUGAAGUGGGAGAAUGGAUUGUGGAGGGAACAGGACUGUUUAAUGCAGGAGCAAUUUAUUUGCAAGCUGCCAGAUAUUGAUUGCGACGAUGUUGACACCGACAUUGGUUUCUACACAAGGAAGGACAUUGACUUUUGCGGCGAAGCUGGUGAAUGUGUCCUUUCGGAGUCCUUCCCGUUCUAUAGCUGUGUUGAAAGAACAACGGAAGAAAUGACUACCCCAACAACCUUCACUUCCACAUUCACAUCAACAACGAUGACAUCAACAUCAUCAACAACUAUGAGUUCAACAAUAACAACUUCUUCGACAUCUACAGUGACGACUUCCAGAGCAGAAAUAAAUGACUCUGGGGAGCAUAAAUUGGGCGAGAAGAAAUGCCCUGAUUGUUUUCUUGAAAAUGACGAUGGAAGCUGUUUCCCAAACUUUUAUCUUAUCGAACUGACAUGUUCUCCACACCAAAUCGGACUUCGGGCACCAAAAUGCUUGUUUACCAACCAAGAAGCUCCGAAAAUCAGCUCUUGCGCCUCGGCUGAAGCUGAUGAGGAUGGAGAUACCUUUUCUUUUGCUUUUAAACUUGAUGGAUGCGAAACGCAAGUGGCUUCGGAAGGGAACGACCUUGUCUUUAGCAAUAAACUGCGUGCUGAGGGAAGAAGAAAUGGUUUCAUUCAAAUCGCGCCUAAUUUUGAACACAGCUUCGAAUGCAAAUUCCCCAGAUUUGUCGACGACAUUCAUGCCAAAACAACAGUUCAUGAUCCCGACUUUGAUGCUGGAGCCAACGGAGAGGGAGAGCUGGAAUUCUCCUUGACAACUUAUCAAGAUGAAAAAUUCACAGAAGAAGCCACUGAAAACGACGUCGUGGCGAUCGGCGACCGGGUCUUUGUCGGCUUGGAAAUGAUCGACCCAAUUUCGACCCUCGAUUUCAAAAUCACCAACUGUACUGUUUCCGAUACAGCACUUGGGCUGCAAUUCAAUGUGAUCGAAAACACCUGCCCAGACUCGUUCGUCAAGACUGAAAUUUUCCGGGAAAGACAAGAGAAGAUCAACUUUAGCUACACGAGCUUCCAGUUUAGGGCUCAAGAAGAUGAUUUGACAACUCAGCAAUUAUCUUGCUCGGUGGAAGUCUGCGCUGGUGAAUGCUCAAAAGGACCUGGCUGCUAG